CUGCGUCCUCAAGCUCAGUCUACGUUUAUUAUAUGCUGGAAUCUUACGUAAACACACUUGUUUACUUACUUGGCUCGUCGGAGAAACUAUAUUCCGGCUACCUGAGAUAUACUUAAGAUAAACCGGAAACCAAGAUUCCGGCAAUUUUUCUUAUCGCCGGAAUUUCAAUAAGUUGAUGUUCUAUUUUGGUCAUUGAUGGCAAACGGACGAAAAUUAACCACCAGCUGGAGUGAAAGGUGUUUAGGAAGUUUUGGUUACAAUCGGGAGCAAGAAACAGUUUCCGGCGUGUCGGAGUUUGGAGAAGACGAAAUUUGGUCAACUUUUGAUAACGCAGUCGACGCCGACAAUCAUCUAGUCAAUGGCGAGUGGACUUCAGUUGCUGGUUCCGAGAGUAAUGAAAGCUUCAAGGGUUACAGGAGCCGCCGUCAUGUUCCACGUGCCGACAGCCAUGAGCACAACCCCCACCACCACGUUGGGGGCCUGUCGUCGGCUUUUGAGGAUUCGAGUUCUCAUAGGAUCGUCCACCAGUAUCGAAGCCGAGAUAACGUAGUGGAAUCUCCACCUGGGCACCACAUGGCUACCUCGGCCCCAGUGAAUGUUCCAGAUUGGUCGAAGAUUUAUCGAAUUAACUCAGUCGACUCACUUCACAAAUUAGACGAUGGCUUUGAGAAUGGUGAUUCGGAAUUGGUCCCGCCACACGAGUACUUGGCACGCAGCCGAGACAUGGCCGCAAACUCGGUGUUUAAGGGGGUGGGUCGAACCCUUAAAGGACGCGACAUGAGACGAGUUCGAGACGCAGUGUGGAGCCAGACUGGGUUCGAUGGCUAAUUAUGACUCAAAAGACUAAUUUAAUUAUCAUAUAUCUUGUUAUUUGAGGAAUGGUGAUUGUUGCUUAAUCAUUGUUAUUGGCCAAAUUAUAGUUCCGCAAGCGUGUAAGAUUGUUACUAGAUCGAUAGGUAUCGAACCCAGUCAUAAUAUUUAGACUAGAAGUUCUCUUUGUUCGAACUUUCAGAUCGAUCUGUUAUAAUUGUUUGUAGAAUGGGGUUUAAAAGCGUCAUCGACGUGCUUUCCAAAUUCAAGGAUUAUGAGCUUAAUACGCA